GGACAGGCCGCCUCCUCGUCUUCCCACCUGGAUUAAGACGAGGAUUUCUCAAUCCAUAUCACUUCAUCACUCCAAGCUUCAACAGCAGGAUCCACAUGUGCCUUCGACUCUUUCCCACGUGGUGAGGACGUGCCACGCUACACUUUCACCCCGUGUCAGGUGGCGACAUGCGGGAAGUGAGUAAUUUCUGCCAGCAUGGUCUACUUGGCGGAAGUCCCAGGCUGUGACACACGUGACAUGCCUCCACCACGCUUGCACGGAGAUCCAGACAAGAUUGCCGGAACUUGUCCAGGCGAAAAGUAGCCGCCGGAGUUUCAUCGAGACGAUUUCCGCCACCAACUAAAGAGCGGCUCCAUGAAGACGGCGGCUGCGAGAGUGCAUCCUCAGCGCAGCCACGAUUUUGGACAGCGCCAGCUCCCAGAGCUCCUCCACGUAGGCCCUGUUGACCAAACCCUGCGUGGUGUGAAGCACGUGGUCCUCCACCACAAAGAACCUGAGGAGAGCACCACGCGCUGCGGGUGAUGUCGCCGGACCUUUGUCAUUACGUCAAGUUGAACGGGACGGGCUUACCCGACGAUUUGAUUGAAGUAGCGUCGGUAGCCUUCCAGCGUUUCAUGCUGGAAAAGCCAAACCACUGAUCAGGCACGUCGAAAAGUGAUUUGAGAUAGUUGAUCUUGGUUAAGAGUUUAGUUUCUGCAGUGUACUGGUCUGUGUGUCACAUGUGUUACAGGAGUGCGGUGGGGAUUUUGCAGACAAACGCAAGAGUGAGGCGGUACCAUGUUAGAGUGCGGCUGCAGCACGAGGCGAGCCUGUUUCCUCCGUUGCUUUCGGUAGUAGUUCUCAAACACAUCACGCAAACCCUGCAACACACAUUGCAGGUAAAUGUGGAAGGCUACUGUGCUGUUAAACCCUUUACGUCCAGUUUAUUAGUUACACACCAGGGAGAUGUGACAAACAAAAUGGCAUCACUUGAAAAAGAAGAAGGCCAGAAUCCCUGAACGAUGGGAAAGUUGAGAUAAAGUGCGCCUGCAGUUAAGAUAGCGAGUCUGACUAAAACCUGGCGUCAGAUAUCAAACUAAAAGCACACUUCUCUCCGAAUGUUGACGCUACUAUCUCUUCCUUCCGUGACGCAGCACUUUAUCACGGUCUCCUCUUGGCCCCAAAACAGCACCCACACUGUCUUUUUCUGGGGAGGGGCACGCAGAUAUAACAAAGCGAGCAGAUAACGAGGUCAAGUGGCAGGGAUGAGGGAAAGUAGUGUGCCGUGUCAGGAGGAGCUGCUGAAAGAUUUCACCUUCUUCACCUCGGACGGGGGACGACGGGGGGAGAAAAACAACAAGGCAUCAAUAUCACUAAGUGAUGUCAGGCUGCUACUAGUGCGUUGCUAACAUGCGCACUCUCGCUUCUACUAAACCUUUUUUGACCUCUUUCCUCGCCAGCGUGUCACCCAGUUAGCCUCUCUCUAACCCCACUCUUCCCUCAGCUCCCUCCCGCCAUUGCUCACUUUCUCCUUCCUGUCAAAGUUCAUGCACUUCCUGUCCCCCUGCCAGAGAGUGCGAGAGCGCGCGCACACACACACACACACACACACACACACACACACAUACACACAUACGGUGAACAGAAACAGUCAACCCAGUGGAUGUGUUGGCCCGGUCACAACCCCGAAGAGCCUGCAGGCGCGCACAUGAUAAUGUGGAGCUAACCCAGUCAUGGCCCAGUCAACACCUCCACCCAUGUCGCCUUCACUCCAACUGGCAUGAGACACACACACACACUGCAGCCACCUGCUUGGAGCGCAGCCAGCCUCUUCUUCUCCGCUGCGUCAGAACUUUCCCCCAUCAGGCUGCAACAUGUGACGAGCUGCCGUCUCUAGUCACUGGUUCUAAAGACGAAGCUACCUAAAUGUCGGCACAUGCCGCGCAAUCAUUUCGCAACGCCUUUCUUCCGCUGCCAAGACGCUUGUAACCGAUGUGCUCCAGCGAUGAGCUCACCAGCACAGUGUAGAUAUGUAGACAGCGGUACACCGGUGAGAAGUCCACCAAGUCCUGAGCACCGGUCACCUGCACAGAAGCAAACAGGAAGUGCUUGUUAAUGACAGGUUGGAUAAGGUCAUUCACGACAACGUACAACAUCGAGGACGACGACGACGACAUUCCAGAACGCGAGCAAAGAGAGGAAGAGCAGGUAAAAAACAUUUUUCUUUUUUAAAAAAAGGCCCCAAGGAGGAAAGGAGUAGUACAAAGAGAGCAGAGGAACAUAGGAAGACGAGACUCAAGGGGACAGCCGUGAAUGACGGGAAAGGGAAGACAUGCCAGGGGCAGCGACGGCCUAAGGUUGGCAUCGGCGCCGACGCGGCCGUAACCCCGGCGACUGCGGGGUCAAGCCUUUGUGGGAGCCAAAGCUUCAAGCAAGUUUACAGGACGUAAAUAAGCCAAAAGGGACAACGGGGACCCGCAAAGAGAAUGGCAGCACCAAGGUGACAAGUUCAGCCGCAUUGUGCUCGGUCUUCCUUAAAGGCGAACACGUCGGCGGCAUAAAAGAGCGCAGAUCCCGCCAGGAGUGACUUGAGGAGUUCAUUGUCCUGAUACUUUGGCAAUAGUGGCACAAGUUCGGAGUAAACAUCCUCGUUAAUUCCCUCAUUCCCAUUAAUGCCCCACUAUUUGUUUCUGCUUUUCACUUAAACACGCGUUUUAAAAUUUAAACAACCGAGUCCAGUUUUGUGUGUGUGUGGCUCACUUGAUCAGCCUCCUCUUCGUCCACUUCUAGCCUGCCGGCCUGCCCGUUGCUCUGCGCGACCCCGCCGGCCGCCGCCUCUCUCCUGGGUCGUCGGCCAACGGGGGCCCUGGGCUGCGCGGAGAUGGAGCUGUCCAGCGAGCGCUGCAGCUGGGCCUGAAAGCAACAAACAAAUCAGUGGCAACGUCGCCGAUGCUGCUAUUCGUGGCAUAAAUGCACGCCACGGUGGUCAAUGUCACGGCCAAUCCUCCACAAUUGAAUCAAUUCAGCAGGUCAGAAACAGGAAAACUCCAGACGGGACGUCGCCGACCGGAGCUCCUGUUAAGAACUCGGGAGCAGACGCCGCUCCACUUUCUCUGUGAUGGUGCGCCGCAGCGACGCAGCGGGUACUCUCCGCCACGCGCACACGCAUGUGUGUGUUCAGUAACUAAAUACAGGUAAUCAAUCUUCUUCCACUUCACAGACCCAACAAUCUGUUUCCCAUUAGUGUCUGUGUGUGUGUUUCGGACUACCGAACACUCAGCAGAAGUCCUGCUCCUCUUACUCCAAAUAUAAAUAUGCGAAGAGGCGAGAGAGGGAAUAAAUGGAAAGAUGAGGACAUGGAACAAAGACGUUCCGGGACAGACGAGUGUGACUGAAUAAUAAUGACAAACAUGAUUAACAUUUAACCAACGGAAUGUUUUAAGAACCCUUGAAAUCUUCCUUAAUCCAGCCAGCGAUAUAAUAAUGAAAGGGGUUUUCUGUGUUGAUUUAUUUUCGCACUCAAGCACAUCUGGACUGACACAGAACGCCGCAAAAGGAUGGAUUUCCGAGAUAGCGUAUCUCGAUCACAGGACGGUCUUAUCCUGCUGUGUCGCGGUUACACAAGCGGAUUAGGAACAAUCAUCCAGUCCUACCGCUGGCUCCGCUCGCUGCGCGGAGGACUCGACUCGGAGAGGGUGGGGGGUGGCUUGAGACUCGGAAACAAAAAAAGAAGAAAAAAAAAAGACUCUUGGACUGAGCGGGACAUUUUCAGAAAUGCUCCGCCGUGCGCAUGCGACAAGAAGCUAUCUCCAGCGCGACUGCAAGUUGGCCCGCAUCUCCUUGGAGGCUCAUCUGUCUGUCGCCAACCAUUCCUUCGCUGUUCCCGUCCCACCCCCCCAUCCUGCACUUUUCACCCAACAACAUUCCCCAAAUAAACAAGAGGCCUCACUUGAGCUUCCUUGGUUUUGGAAAACACAAAAACAAUGAGCGAAGUGCUGAAAAGCAGGAUUUGUGUGUGUGUGUGUGUGCGCGCGCACAGACUGCUUGGUUCCAUAUGAAAAAUAUGGGAGGAUGCUUGAUGAAUGGUGCGCCAAUGUCUGAUCGCCAUCCUUGGGUGGACGAUGCCAAGACACCGCCGGGGAGACAUACCUGUCUGAUGGCCGUCUCUCCGAUCUUGUCCGAGUGUUUUCGGAUGCUCUCCAGGAAGUCCUUCAGCUGGGUCAUGGCCGUGUCGCGGAUCUGCGUCCGCAACUUGGGAAGGUUUUCGGCCAUGAUGGCGCAGAACCGGUACUGUCCGGCCCUGGGAAGACACGUCUGCUCCAGCUGUUCCGAGGUGCGCAGCGCAGGGGAGGACAUCCGGCCGGCUCUGACGUCACCCACUGAACUGCGACUGAGAAAGGCUACGAGGGUCGUCAACUUGUAAUGGAGCCCCAAAAGAAGCUGAUCAACGCUGCAGAGGACUGCGUGGACGAGGCUCUGUGCGGCCUGGUGAGGGCCUCCAGCGGCCUGUCCCUGCUGCGGGGCCACCGGGUGGUGUUGCGCUCAGACCUGGAUCCGGUGAGGGGCAAAGUGGCGCUGCUGGCAGGAGGGGGGUCAGGACACGAGCCUGCGCACGGGGGUUACGUGGGCGCCGGUAUGCUGUCGGCGGCGGUAGCGGGGGCCGUGUUUGCGUCUCCGCCUCCCGCUAGCAUCCUGGCUGCCAUUCUUCGCCUGCACAGUGCAGGAGCGUCCGGGGUCCUUCUCGUUGUGAAGAACUACACGGGAGACCGCCUCAACUUUGGGCUGGCCGCAGAGCAGGCACGCAACCACGGCGUGGAUGUCGAGACGGUGGUCGUCGCUGACGACUGCGCGUUCGCCUCCCCCAGUAAGGCCGGGAAGAGGGGCUUGUGUGGCACUAUUCUCAUUCACAAGCUGGCAGGUGCCUUAGCCGAAGAAGGCUGCUCAUUGGUCCAAAUUGUUACCCGGGUGACAGAGGUUUUACAGGGCACAGGGACACUGGGAGUCAGCCUGUCUCCGUGCAGCGUUCCGGGCUGUCGGCCGUCGUUUGAGCUUCCUCCCGGAGACAUGGAGCUCGGCCUGGGAAUCCACGGGGAGCCUGGGGUGAAAAGAUCCAAGGUGGCGUCUGCGGACGAGGUGGUGUCAGCCAUGAUUGAUCACAUGACCAACGCAGCUAGUCAGUCGUCCUUGCACCUGAGGACGGGUGACGCGCUCGUCGUCUGCGUGAACAAUCUCGGUGCGCUGUCACGCCUGGAGAUGGCCGUUGUGACUCGGGCGGCCAUCGUCUGUCUGGAGAAUCGUGGGAUGGCGGUCGCCAGGGCGAUGGCCGGGUCCUUCAUGACGUCGCUAGAAAUGGCCGGGAUGUCACUGACCUUGAUGAGGUCCAGUCCGGAAAUACUCAGACUCUUCGAUGCCAAGACCAGCGCCCCCGCCUGGCCGAACCUCAGCAGCGGGUGUGCGAGUGGGCGCGCCUACCUCACAGACCCGACCACGGUGCCUGCAGGAGCUCAUGACGACAAGUUGCCCGAAGGACCCCACAGUCCCGUGAUGCGGAAGGCGUUGGAGAGGGUGUGCUCUACGCUGUUGGAAUACCAGGAGGAGCUCAACGCGUUGGACCGCGCUUCUGGGGACGGCGACUGCGGGAACACGCACGCGCAGGGGGCCAGAGCCAUUCAGGUGUGGCUCCAGAGUCAUGUGGUCCCCGGUUGUCCCGGGCAACUGUUGUCUGCCCUUGCUGCAUUGGUGCAGGAGAAGAUGGGCGGGUCUUCAGGUGCGUUGUACAGUUUGUUCCUCACGGCAGCGAGCGGUCACAUGACUGAGGGACGGAGCCAAGCUGCGGCAUGGGCCAGUGCAACGUAUGCUGGGAUGCAGGCCAUGAAAAGAUACGGCGGUGCUGACCUGGGAGACAGAACGAUGUUGGACGCUCUGUAUCCCGCUGUCGACGAGCUGAUGAAACUAAACGGCGCCUCUCCUGGCGGGGAGAUUGCCGUACUGAAAGCUGCUGUUCAGAAAGCAGCCGCGGGCGCCGAAUCCACCCGCAGCCUCGCCGCCAAGGCGGGCCGAGCCAGCUACAUCGCGGCCGAGCGCCUCACCCUGCCUGACCCCGGGGCCAAGGCCGUCGCCGCCAUUUUGAGCGCCGUGUUGGAGGCCCUCGAGGAGCCGCCCUUGUAGAAACAGUCCAUAGGACGCAGAAAGAGAAACUUAGAAUUAACAUUCCACAAGAAAUAAACUGUAGAAUAAA